GCCUUCCUCACUCGUUGCCUCGGGAAGACCCGGAAGUGGAGGCUACAUAUCCCAGAGUUCAACGCUGUUUCCUUCCUUCUGCUGUGGCUGCCAUUGCUACUGCUUUCGCGCCGCAGUCAUGGCCAUCCGCUAUCCUAUGGCCGUGGGCCUUAAUAAGGGCCACAAGGUUACCAAGAACGUUUCGAAGCCGCGACACUGCCGCCGCCGUGGGCGCUUGACCAAGCACACCAAGUUUGUGAGAGAUAUGAUCCGUGAGGUAUGUGGAUUUGCUCCUUAUGAAAGACGUGCAAUGGAAUUGUUAAAGGUCUCAAAGGAUAAACGAGCUCUUAAGUUCAUCAAAAAAAGGGUAGGAACACACAUCCGGGCCAAGAGGAAGAGAGAGGAGCUCAGCAAUGUCCUAGCUGCCAUGAGGAAGGCUGCUGCCAAGAAGGACUAAACUGGAUCCUGCUUCCCUUCCCCACCUCUACCCAAUAAAGAUUUGACAAAUAGA